ACAGAAGAGCGAGAGACCAGCCGUCCUUCUACAGAUAAAGAUCUCCUCCUGCGAUCAUCUCACACCUUCUACUGAACUUCAACAUCAAGUUCCUGCAGCUUGUGGUAGAUUUCUGUUCUCCAUCAUCUCAGACAAUCCUUACAGAAUCCUCACACACUAAACACACACGCUUCACAGACUCCACACACACUCCUCACACAUUCCUCAAACACACUCCUCACACACACUCCUCCUGUCAGGAUGAAGCUCCUCGCUCUGGUGCUCCUGCUCUCCGUUUUCUCCUCACUGACCCUGACGGAGGUUGUCAAUUCUUUUAAACAAUCCUGUCCUUCAUUCUUCAUCCGAAACCCACAUAAUGGAAGUGAAAUCAUCAUCCCUACUAUCUUCCCUGGACAUCAGUAUAAGACGAUUUGUCAGCGCUGGAAAAACGCAUACAGAUUUGCCACCGUGUAUGACACUGUGAGGAGGAUCCCUGUUUACUCGGCCUACAAGUUCUUACAUCAAGGGCAAACUAAACGCAGCGAUGAAUGGAAAAUUGAACCUCAGCUUGAAGAUAUUGAAGAAUAUAAAAAAAAGACAGAGAUGAUGGAUUCCCCGGUAAAGGAAACAACUGUGAGAAAUAUAAUUAAGCAGGCUGUGAACUUAGAUUAUAAAAACUGUAACGAUAAUAAUGGUAUUAGGUAUACUCGAGGUCACGUGUUUCCACGUAGCUUUGCUGCUAAUCAGGAUCAAGCUGAUUCCACCUUCACUUUAACCAAUAUAGCACCACAAACACAAAACAGCAACGGGGCAUGGGAACAGCAAGUGGAGACACGAAUGAUUAAUGAAAUAAAGAACAUUUGCAGGGUAGACCAAAAUCACCAGGUGUACAUUGUGACCGGGGUCGUUCCAGGGAAUAAUUGGAUACCGAUAACAAGAGGCGGGAAAAAGUAUAAAGACGGAAUUAAUAUCCCCAGUCAUUUUUGGAGCGCUUUCUGUUGCACCGAUAGAAACAAUAUUAGGAAACUCACAUCGAAGGCCUACAUCGCUGAGCUAGAGAACUUUCGAGUCCGGACGCCCACCAUUGACAACCUGAACGAACGACUCACAAAAUUGUAUAAUCGGAUAUUCAGUGUAUUUCCAAGAUUACCAGUUGGGAAAAUACAGCCUCUUUUCUAACCUGAAAUUCUCUCUUUAAAUCUAAAAAUCGCAUAAAAACCAACUUCAUUUAGUUAAUGCUGAUUAAAACGUAUGCAGCAAGAAACAUAAAAAUUCUGUAAUAUAUUCCAUCUCAUCUUCUGAUGCAUUUUUAAAUGUACUGAAUCAAGGUGUUUAUUUACAGCUGCUUCACACUCAGACAGCACACAAUUUACAGAUAACUCUACGGGAAGUAGACUCUUUUUGUCAUACUGAAACUUUAUUAGCUCCUGACCAAUCAGGUCACAGGUUGGGGGGUGAGUGAGAAAAACAAACAUAGAGGACAAAGUGCUGGUGAAAAAUUAGUCUUAUUAGUGAAUGAAUAUAAAGAGGGAAAAUCUCUCUGUCGAUAUUUACAUUAAUCUUUAUUUCGUCUGGAUUACUGAGAAUAAUAGAUCUACUCUUGAGCACAAACUAGGCUAGUUAGUUAGCCUUUACCAGCUGGCACUCUUAGAGCGUUGUUAUGGUUACAGUGUGUGUGUUGCCUUUUUUUCCUCCAUCAGCACAAAAGGAGGUGCAGUCAGUGAUUCUCUGUUAGAAAAGUGUAAAAGCAGUGUAACAGACACUUUGUUAACCUUCAUUUUUUCCUGUAACACUUGUACACUCAUGCAAAAAGCUUUUUAAUCAACAUUAUUAGGUUUGCUUCUCUGCUAAUAAAAACUACUUUUAAACAUUAUGCAAAUAUUAUAUUCAGUAUAAUUACAUACAUUUCUGUCUGUUAAUUAUCCUGCAGAUCUUUAAUAAAAC